AUGACCACAAGUGAUAUAAACAAAACUGAAGUUGCUGAAUUUCUCCUUACAGGAUUUUCAGACUCCUGGAAGGUUCAGAUUGUACAUGCUGCUCUAUUUUUACUAAUUUACCUGGCAGCUCUCAUAGGAAAUCUCCUAAUCAUGAUGCUUACUACUCUGGACGUUCAACUCCAAACCCCAAUGUAUUUCUUUUUGAGAAACUUGUCUUUUUUAGAUUUUUGCUACAUCUCUGUCACAGUUCCCAAAUCUAUUGUCAGUUCCUUGACUCAUAAUGCCACCAUUUCUUUCUUGGGGUGUGCUCUGCAAGUCUUCUUUUUCAUUGACUUGGCAUCGACUGAGAUAGCCAUCCUUACAGUGAUGUCCUAUGACCGGUAUGUGGCCAUCACCCAGCCCUUACAUUAUGAGGUUACCAUCAACCAAGGUGCCUGUGUGAAGAUGAUGGCCAUGUCAUGGCUCAGCGGGGUGAUCUGUGGACUCAUGCAUGUGACAGCAACAUUCUCAUUACCAUUCUGUGGGUCUAAUAGAAUAAAUCAAUUUUUCUGUGAUAUUCCACAACUCCUAAGUCUCUUAGACUCGAAAGUAAUCAUCAUUGAGAUUGGAGUCAUGGUUUUUAUUACAAGUCUUGUCAUAAUCUGCUUUGUUGCAAUUACUCUUUCAUACAUGUACAUUUUUUCUACCAUAAUGAGGAUUCCAUCCAAGGAGGGUAGAUCAAAAACAUUUUCUACUUGCAUUCCGCAUCUUGUGGUUGUAACACUCUUUAUGGUAUCUGGCAGUGUUGCCUAUGUGAAGCCACUGUCAAAUUCUCCCUCAGUUUUGGAUCUUCUUCUGUCUGUAUUCUAUACAGUUGUUCCCCCAACCCUGAAUCCCAUCAUCUACUGUCUAAGGAACAAGGACAUAAAGGCAGCCCUGAGAAAGCAGUGUGGUAUGCUAGAUGGAGAAUUUUAUUAG